AAACGUUGGAAUCCCAACUCAUAUAUUAGCGGUUAGUGUGCAGGAAACCACUCCAGGGGUGAAACUUAUCUAGUAAUUAUGGCGACUUCACUUGAAACAGAGCACCCCGUGAAGGCUCAUGCAUGGGCUGCUAAAGACCCGUCUGGAAUUUUUGCUCCGCUCAAGUUCUCAAGAAGGGCUACUGGUGAGCGUGAUGUGCAAUUCAGAGUUCUUUAUUGUGGUAUCUGCCAUUCUGAUCUUCACUUGGCCAAGAAUCAAUGGGGUUUCACCAUUUAUCCUUUGAUUCCUGGACAUGAGAUUGUGGGAGUAGUAACUGAGGUAGGGAGCAAGGUGGAGAAAUUCAGAAUAGGGGACAAAGUGGGAGUUGGAUGCUUGGUCGGAUCUUGUCGCCAGUGUGACGAGUGUACUAACAAUCAAGAGAGUUACUGCCCCAAACAAAUACUCACAAUCAGUUCUCGUUACUAUGAUGGUUCCCCAACAUAUGGAGGUUUCUCAAACAUCAUGGUUGCUGACGAGCAUUUUGUCAUUCGUUGGCCCGACAACUUGCCCCUUGACACAGGUGCUCCUCUCUUAUGUGCCGGAAUCACAACUUACAGCCCGUUGAGGAACUUUGGACUCGACACGCCAGGUGUGAACGUUGGGGUCGUUGGUCUUGGUGGGAUUGGGCAUCUCACGGUGAAAUUCGCUAAGGCCUUUGGGAGUAGGGUGACCGUCAUUAGUACGUCUGCUAGUAAGAAGGAAGAAGCAAUUGGUAAAUUUGGCGCCGAUGAGUUUGUGGUUAGCCAUGACGAAGAGCAGAUGCAGGCUGCUGCUGGAACAUUGGAUGGUAUCAUCGAUACCGCCUCUGGCAAUCACUCCCUUCUACCAUUAGUAAAUCUGUUGAAGCCCCACGGCAAGCUUAUCUUGGUUGGUGCUCCUGAAAAGCUCGAGGUGCCUGUUUUUCCCCUGCUUAUAGGUGGUAAGUCGAUUGUCGGGACUGCCAAUGGAGGAGUAAAAGAGGUACAAGAUAUGGUCGAAUUUGCAGCAGAGCACAACAUACUGCCAGACGUGGAGGUAAUCCCGUUUGACUAUGUGAACACGGCCAUGGAGCGACUUGAGAAGAAUGAUGUGAAGUACCGAUUCGUUAUUGAUGUCGGUAAUUCUUUGAAGGCUGACUAAGAUUAUCAUUGUGAAUUUGUUAUGUUGUCCUUCCUUUGCUGCCGGUUUACUUACUGGCUGAAUAUGUUUGUCCUGGCGAAUUGCUAUCAUGAUCGUUCCUCUACUGUUGUUUUUGCUUAUUGAAUCUAGUAAAAGAUGAGGAUGGUUAUUAGCUUCUUCUGGGGAAUAUGCAAUUUUCAGAACAGGAAUGAACUACUUUUCUGUGUUU